AGUGCUGCUGAUUCAGCAAGUUCUGCUCCCAACCCAUGUAAUCUGCAGAUAAUGUCUGUCCCACAAAGGACUUUACUCUGCCAUUAGCUGCAGAAGCGAGCACUCGGCAUGGCUGCCAUAUCGGUGCAGAUGUACAAGGCCUCGCGUCCUCGACUUGAUCCCAAGAUGUUCUUUGAGACCUUCCUGCGUGUGCUGAUCACGCUGAGUGCCGCCAUGUCUGUGGUCCUGUCUUCUAUCUCCGUGUGUGAUGGACAGUGGCUCGUGGAUCCAGCAGAGAGGACCUUCAACCUGUGGAAGACCUGCAGGAUGGCCGCAGAGCCACAAUGUGAUGCGGAGAUGGCCGGGCUGAACCAGGGGAUGGUGCUGGUCCGGACAGCUGUUUGCUUGGCGGUGGUAGUGGCCAUUUUUGGACUGGAGCUGCUGAUGGUGUCCCAGCUCUGCGAGGAUGGUAAUUCCCGUGGGAAGUGGAAUCUGGGAUCUCUCCUGCUCCUCAUAUCCUUCUUCCUGUCCUCCUCAGGGACCUUGACCUACAUCGCACUCCUCAGGGAUUUCGUCACCUUCAGCUCACUCAGCCUCGCCUUCUGGUGCCAGUUCCUGGGGGUUUUCCUCUUCUUCCUCAAUGGAAUAAGUGGCCUUUAUGUCAACCACCUGACUCUCUGACCCUCCAAACUUUUUCCGUGGUAGACAAAGGAGAGAAAAGGCCCACCACAGUGCCGGCUUUAUAGGAGCAGACUGGUUUAGCCGAGCUAUUUACUAAGAGUAAUUGGGAUUGUGGGCAGGCUAAGGGCGAGACUGUGGCACCUCAGAGGAGGUUAGAUGGAGGCAGCCAUAAAUUUCCCAUGGCCCCCCUUAAUGAGGGAUCAGCACAUGGCAAUAGGCAUGGUAAACAUUAUUACUGGGGCAGCUGGAACCCAUGUUGUACAGGGCCAUAGUCUGUGUCAGUGGCACUCGAGCCCAGAAAGAGAUUUUAAAAUACUGUUUGAUGAUUGUUUAAUAGUGAGAUCCCCUGCCUCCCAGCACUGAUGGGGUUAAGUAUUCAGAAAUUCUUGGAAACAAAAAACAUUAUUUGAAAAAAAAAAAGUGCAAUUGAUAAUCUCUGAUGAAUUAUAAUUUACUUAUUUC